GGAUCCUUUGCCUACACCAGGAGGGAGCCCCUUGGUGUGUGCGUGGGAAUCGGUGCAUGGAAUUACCCCUUCCAGAUCGCAACAUGGAAGUCUGCUCCUGCUCUGGCAUGUGGCAACGCCAUGGUAUUUAAGCCCUCUCCGAUGACUCCUGUGACUGCCGUCAUUCUGGCUGAGAUUUACAAAGAGGCAGGGGUACCAGACGGACUCUUCUGUGUGGUUCAAGGUGGAGCAGAAACUGGCACCUUGCUCUGCCAUCACCCGAAGGUCGCCAAAGUCUCUUUCACUGGCAGUGUGCCAACAGGCAAGAAGGUCAUGGAAAUGUCUGCAAAGAGUGUGAAGCAGGUGACUCUGGAGCUCGGAGGGAAAUCUCCUCUCCUGAUCUUCAAAGACUGUGAACUGGAAAAUGCAGUGAAAGGAGCACUCAUGGCAAACUUCCUGACGCAGGGACAGGUGAGGCAGUUGUAUCAUAAAUGCGUUGUGUCGUAUGAUGUUAAGCCNCAGAGAGAGAUCAUGCCCAAGUUCCUGGAAGAAGUAGUGAAGAGGACUAAGGCCAUCCCUGUGGGUGACCCCCUGUUGGACGGCACCCGAAUGGGAGCGCUGAUCAGCAAGCCACAGCUGGAGAAAGUGCUGGGAUAUGUCAACCAGGCCAAGCAGCAGGGGGCCAAAGUGCUUUGUGGAGGAGAGCCCUUUGUCCCCAGUGACCCCAAAUUGAAAGGAG